AUGACACCUUCACCGUCAACGGUGGUUGAGAAUGCUCUCCCCGGCUCGCCACGCGAUCAUAGUACGCCUUCGUCAGCAACGACAGCAACCGUGUAUGCUUCCCCGUACGCAUUUCAAGCUGCGGCGCCAACUGGCGCCACCCAAAUACCGCCAGAAUCGACUCCCACUGUUCAAGCAGCUCCUGAAAACGAUAUGCGCCCAUCUUCGCAGUACAUCGAUCCCGCCUUACAUGAUCCGACACCAAACCAAGCAGCACCUCUACCAGCCAUCCUUUCGAGAACGAGAGAGACGAAGAUUCUGCUUUCAAUUGACGGUGACGGUAUCAGGGGUUUGUCUGCUCUCCUCUUAGUUGAAUCGCUGGUCAAUGCGAUUUGCGUCAAAGUUGGGCAGCGCUUAGACAGCCACCAGAUUUUCGACUUGACAGGUGGCAGUUCUCUUGGCGGUAUAAUAGCCAUCAUGCUAUGUCGAUUGCGCAUGCAAGCCCAUAGAGCAAGAGAAGCUUACAAGCAGAUUGCCAAACAAGUGUUCGACAAUAAAAGGGCCUACUUCAGAUAUCUCGACCCUCAUGCACAGAUACAGAAGCCUGACGACAGCGCGUUAGAGAACGAAAUCAAGAGCGUGGUUCAGCAGGAGCUAGGCAGCCCGGACGAAGUACUCCUAGAUGGACGGCCCGACUCGGGCGACGUGUGA